AUGACGCCAGUCAAGCAGUCGGACAGCUCCCAAUUUCCAGAUGAAAAUGCAGACGAUCGUCGCGUAUCCUCGGGAGUGGGGACGACCAGUGAAAACGGGUCUCUCUCUGAAUUCGACUCUACUGCAUAUACACCAGAGGAGGAGUUUCUAGAGAAUGAAAUGCCUUCUGGUUUCCGGCGUGCGGAUCAAUCGCAGAUGCGACAUGCAGACAUGACGUUGAAGUCAUCGCACGCUCAAGCGACGUCAAAUGCUCAUCAGUUCCACCUUGAACUUAACGAACAUUUCAACUUUGAUCAACAGGACGCACUACCGGAGACCCAGUGGCCGGCUAAGACUAUGCUUCUAAUCAGCAUGUGCUUCCCGUACGGCGUCUGGCUGCUCGUCUACUCCAGCAAGUCGCUGUUCGGCAGCUCCACGUGGCCUUCUUUCUCGCUGCUGUCCUCGGUGCUGCUGCUGGAGCUGUUACACACGCUGGGUCUCUGCCUGCUCGUGUUCAGGGUUCUACCCGCGCUCGACAUGAUGAGAGGCUUCAUAGUGCUCAGUGGUAUCUAUGUCGUGCCCGCUUUCCUGAAGACGAUCUUCGAGAGCCGGGAUUCAAACACGCACCUCGGUCGGAAGUGUUCGCUCUUUAUGCUUAACAUUGUGGCGUUCUUGAUACAGUUAAGUAGUAUGGUGUUGUGCCUUAUGUUUCAAGUCACGAUGACAUCAACGGAGAAGAGCGCAAUACGAAAUAAGGUCCUUGUCGAAGACAUCGACCCCCUGGUUACAAGGUCACCCCUGCCUAGUGGAUAUUUUGGUGACACUGUGAUGUUCGAACUUCCGCUAGCGUUAAUUCUGAUUUCUUGCGCAUUCUGGGAAAAUUUCGUGGAAGGCGACUUUGAGAUAUGCGGACGCGAGCUUAAAUUUAAUUCGUGGAAGAAGCUUUUGCACCAUGCGCGAGGACGUUUGUACAUAUUUGUUAGUGUUUGGAAGGCUCUUUGGGUGGUGGCGAUUGCGGUUCUGCUACAGCAAGGGUUUACAUUUAACUUACAUUAUUCGUUAAAUCAAACAAUAAAUACAUCAGUUACGUCAUCACCCAACCCGUUACUUGAUAACGGAAUCGCCGUCCCCACAGUUCGUUUAUUUCGGCGAGACGUGGACCACGUGCAUUCAAUAGCCAGUGGUGUUGCGACAAACGUGACGACGUUUGCGCCAAUAACAACUCAAUCGCAGACGAGAAAUUCAGUCGAAAGAUCAGACUUCCCAACACCCGCCACUUCAACGGAGGAAACGUCACAUACACACAAACACACGUCACAUCCGUUCACGUUAUCGGCUGACAUGGUCGCUCAUUUUGAGUUAUAUGGCGUCCUUUACCUGCAGAUAAUUUCAAGCUCCUUCGUGACCUACUUCGGAUCCCUAGCGUGCAAGCUUUGUAUGCAGCUCGUCGGCUUUUCACUUCCGCUCACCCUCGCAUCGCCGGCGGCCGUUGCAGUUGUGGUUCUGCAAAGCGUCUUCGAAUUUCUUCCCACUGGACGCCUGGUGUGGGUGGGGGUGGAAGCUGAUGUUAACUCCUGGGCGCUUCACCUCGUCUGGAUCGGAAUCUUAUGGUUGUCGGAAAUAUUUAUUGUGUUGCAUAUCUGGUUCCCUGGAAACGGGCGGAUGGAGAAAAUAGACAGGUUGUUUGUAACUCCCGUGAGGUGCGGAAUCUUGUCGGACCAGUCUCUAAUGCUCAGACGCCGACGUAACGACCAGGACCAGAAUUUUGCUUCCGGUGCAGAUGACGAGUUCGCGGAGCCGGACGCCGAGCAGUACAAAGCAGACGACGUCGUUCCGCAGAUCUACGCAUGCGCGACAAUGUGGCACGAGACCAGAGCGGAAAUGACCAACUUGCUUAAGUCCAUUUUUAGGAUGGAUAUAGACCACAGCGGUCGGUACCUUGCUCAGAAAUUCUACAAAAUCAGAGACCCGGACUACUAUGAGUUUGAAGCGCACAUUUUCUUCGACGACGCCAUGGAGCUGACCGACGACGACUCGUUGGUACCCAACAUGUUCGUGUCCGACCUCAUGGACUGCAUCGACGACUCGCUGAGCUCUGUACAUGAACGUCAGAUGGCGCUCGGGCCUCCGUCAAGAACGCCGACGCCGUACGGUGGUCGGUUGACAUGGAAACUGCCCGGCGGCACGAGGCUGAUAGCACAUCUGAAAGACAAGCACAAGAUCCGCCACAAGAAACGCUGGUCACAGGUGAUGUACAUGUAUUACCUCCUCGGCUAUCGGAUUCUCGCAAAGCCCGAGAAUCUCCUCACCAAGGACGAGGUGGACGGUAGUCAUGACGAUGGUGGAUUCCAGCGCGUGAAGCUCACGGACAGCCAACUGCGCAGGCGCAGAAGGUCAGCACACUUCACACGCAGCGUCAUCUUCAAUUACGUCACAGAUGAGGUCCAUAGUCAGGCGGAGAAUACGUACAUCCUGACGUUGGACGGCGACGUAGACUUCCAUCCGAACGCCGUCCGCCUACUGAUUGACAGUCUGAAGACGAACAAGAAGGUCGGCGCCGCCUGCGGGCGUAUCCAUCCUAUCGGAUCCGGCCCAUUGCUGUGGUACCAGCAGUUCGAGUACGCCAUUGGUCACUGGCUGCAGAAGGCCACCGAGCACGUCUUUGGUUGCGUCAUGUGUGCGCCGGGCUGCUUCAGCCUCUUCCGGGGCUCCGCGCUCAUGGACGACAACGUGGCGCGCACGUAUGCCACCCGCGCCACCGAGGCCGGACACUACGUCCAGUGCGACCAGGGAGAAGACCGGUGGCUGAGCACACUGCUCCUUCAGCAAGGCUACCGGAUCGACUACUGCGCCGCGGCGGACGCUCUUACCCACGCACCGGAAACGUUCUCUGAGUUCUUCAAUCAGCGACGUCGGUGGGGUCCUAGCACCCUGGCGAACAUCGUGGACCUCCUUGGCAGCUGGCGGGCGACAAUAAGCAUCAACGACAACGUGAGCACCCUGUACAUUCUGUACCAGUUUUGCAUGAUUAUAUCCACCAUUCUCGGACCGGCCACUGUCCUCCUCAUGUUAGCCGGCGCGUUCACAGUCGUAUUCAAGACCAGCGUUCUCGGUUCCUACUGCAUGGCGUUGAUUCCGGCCGUCCUGUUCAUGGUCGUCUGUAUUUACGCUAAGGCCGAGACCCAGAUGACCGUGGCCUCCAUCAUGAGCGCCAUCUACGCCAUCCUGAUGACUAUUGUCCUGGUGGGAACAAUUGGUCAAGCCAUAGACGGUGGGAUGACCAGUCCUAAUGUUAUCUUUUUGGUUCUCCUCGUGUUCAUAUUCUUCAUUUCCGCGCUGAUGCACCCGGAGGAGUUCUUCUGCGUCAUCCCGGGCGCUCUAUACUUCAUCUGCCUGCCGACGGGUUACCUGUUACUCACCAUAUAUUACCUGUGUAAUAUGAACGUUGUGUCGUGGGGAACGCGUGAGAUCCCCACAAGAAAGACAAAGGAACAGUUGGAGGAAGAUAAACGGCUCGAAGAGGAGAAAAGACUGAAGAACGAGCGAAAAAAGAAAGGUCUUCUGGGGUGGAUGGGACUGAACGGCUUCUUCAAAGAAUUGGGCGACGUCCUGAAGCAGAUGCGUAGCGACGGGUCAACGAAAGAAAAAUCCAAAACAGAUAUGCUAUUAGAGGAGCUGAUACACGAGAUGAGAUCAGGGCGGGAAAACCGACCCAUGCAUCGCAUGACGUCAUCAUCGACGAUGACAAUGACUGAUGAGGAAACGCGGGUCAAUGAAAUACAUGAACCGAUUGAUACGAGAAAGCAAAAACCAGAGGUCAAGCACGUGGAUGACAUUCCGGUAUGGUUGCAGCGGGAAGAACUAGAAAACCCGAGUUGGUUAAACUCGAAUGCCUGUGGCGAUGGGCCUGUUAGACACCUGUCCGAGAAAGAGAGCGUCUUUUGGAACCAAAUCAUAGCCAAGUAUCUUCACCCGAUCAACGAGGAUCGGAUUCACCAAGAAAAAGUCGCGAACGACUUGAAGAAUCUCAGAAACAACGUCGUAUUCGGCUUUUUCAUGAGCAGCGCACUUUGGAUCGCGCUGGCGAUGCAGCUGCAGAUUCUUCAAGAUGAGCUCAAGGAUAAACUCUUCAUCAAAAUUCCUCGCUUCGACAGCGAUGAAGACCUCGCGUUCGAGCCGCUCGGACUGAUUUUCCUCGUGUUCUUCGCGGCCAUAUUAGGCGUCCAGUUUCUCGGCAUGUUUGUGCACAGAUGGGGCACGGUGCUUCACAUGCUAUCCAUCACCGAACUGUCCUGUGGCAAGAAGUUCAGCGAGAAGGACAAAGUGCGUGACGUCAUAUCCAAGGCGAUGGAGCUCCAGAAACUAUGCAACAUAGAGAACGAGCCUAUGCCGGACUAUGACGAGCCUAUUCCGGACUACGGUUAUUCGGAUGUUGAGGACGAGUUUGAUUCAAUUUCUAUCGCGACAGCCGACACUAUGAAUUCGGCUACCCCGUCGUUUUAUAAUUCAAACCCGCUCGGGACUCGGACUCCCAAGCAGGAGAUCUUUGAUAGGCGUGGACAUUCCAGUGGCGCUGCUCUCAGGAAGGCGUUCGAGAAGCGCUUCCGGUAUGAGCACCAGAACUUCCGGAAUGACGAGGAAGGCGGUGAACGUCAGUUAGAUAUGAACCCUACUCAUGCACGCGAUCCUGCGUCUAUCGUUUAAAGACUAAAUACUGUAUUGUUAUGUCUUUUCUUUUAGAGGUGUUUUAUAUGGAAUGAUUAUCAAAUAAUUUUAACGUGAGGAUUAUAGCAUAAUAUAUUAUUUGUAUUCAUUUUAAACACUAUAAAAUCAGUUUCAUACCAUUUAUUAUUGUCUUGAAAUAAAUAAAAUCCAGAAACAACAUUGUAUAAAUACAAAUCCUGAAAAUGUUCUAUAUGAUAACGCUUGUUUUUGCUUACGCUUUAUAUA